AUGACUGGAGCUCCAUUCUCAAAGUCCACUAAAAAAAAACAUUUGAAAACAGAAAGAGAUGGAGAUGAAGACGGAUCCAGAUCAGAUCCAGAUAGUCCUUUACAACCGACUGCUGAUGAGACUUCCCAAUCCUCUGAAUGUGAGACUGAUAACAGUUAUGAUUGGAAGGAACCUCUGUCACAUUUAAACCCUUUGCAAAACAAUGAAGUACUUGAAAGUGACGUGGACUGUAAUACUGGAAAAACAUCAAUUAGCUCCUCUGGAAGCUUUGGCCACAAGAAACAUCCGAAGGGACACUCUGGAGUCAAAACAGCAGAGAAACCAAUCAGUUGUUCAGUUUGUGGUAAAACAUUCAGACUCGCGAACACUCUGAAACUACACUCAACUGUCCACACUGGAAAGAAACUAUUCAGCUGUUCAGUUUGUGGGAAAACAUUCAGACUAGCGCAGAGUCUGAAACGACACUCAACUGUUCACACUGGAGAGAAACCAAUCAGUUGUUCAGUUUGUGGUAAAACAUUCAGACUCGCGAACACUCUGAAACUACACUCAACUGUCCACACUGGAGAGAAACUAUUCAGCUGUUCAGUUUGUGGGAAAACAUUCAGACUAGCGCAGAGUCUGAAACGACACUCAACUGUUCACACUGGAGAGAAACUAUUCAGUUGUUCAGUUUGUGGUAAAACAUUCAGACGAGCACGCAAUCUGAAACGACACUCAACUGUCCACACUGGAGAGAAACUAUUCAGUUGUUCAGUUUGUGGUAAAACAUUCAGACUCGCGAACACUCUGAAACUACACUCAACUGUCCACACUGGAGAGAAACUAUUCAGUUGUUCAGUUUGUGGUAAAACAUUCAGACAAGCGCAGAGUCUGAAACUACACUCAACUGUCCACACUGGAGAGAAACUAUUCAGUUGUUCAGUUUGUGGUAAAACAUUCAGACAAGCGCAGAGUCUGAAACUACACUCAACUGUCCACACUGGAGAGAAACUAUUCAGUUGUUCAGUUUGUGGUAAAACAUAUAGACAAGCGAACAGUCUGAAACGACACUCAACUGUCCACACUGGAGAAAAACUAUUCAGCUGUUCAGUUUGUGGUAAAACAUUCAGACUAGCAAGCAAUCUGGAACUACACUCAACUGUCCACACUGGAGAGAAACUAUUCAGUUGUUCAGUUUGUGGUAAAACAUUCAGACAAGCGAACAAUCUGAAACGACACUCAACUGUCCACACUGGAGAAAAACUAUUCAGUUGUUCAGUUUGUGGUAAAACAUAUAGACACGCGCAGAGUCUGAAACUACACUCAACUGUCCACACUGGAGAAAAACUAUUCAGCUGUUCAGUUUGUGGUAAAACAUUCAGACAAGCGAACAAUCUGAAACGACACUCAACUGUCCACACUGGAGAGAAACUAUUCAGUUGUUCAGAUUGUGGUAAAACAUUCAGACGAGCACUCAAUCUGAAACGACACUCAACUGUCCACACUGGAGAGAAACUAUUCAGUUGUUCAGUUUGUGGUAAAACAUUCAGACUAGCGAACAGUCUGAAACUACACUCAACUGUCCACACUGGAGAGAAACUAUUCAGUUGUUCAGUUUGUGGUAAAACAUUCAGACGAGCGCACAAUCUGAAAGAACACUCAACUGUCCACACUGGAGAGAAACUAUUCAGUUGUUCAGUUUGUGGUAAAACAUUCAGACUAGCGCAGAGACUGAAACGACACUCAACUGUCCACACUGGAAAAACAAAUUAGUGGUACAUUUUUCUUUUAAAAAUUCUCUCUUCUCUGUGAUUUAAGAAAAUCACUAUUGCAUUGAUAAGAUCAUCAGAAAUAAAUGAGACAUGGUUAAAGCCCCAUUAUGUCGUUUUUCCCCUUUAGCGCCCCCUUCAGUUUUUGAGGUAUUUAACGUUUACUUCAGUGUCGUAAAUACCCAGUUACGAUAGAUGCAGCCCGGUAGAAGGAAUCCGACGACUGUUUCUAUUUUGGAUUUAUACCAACGGGCGGGAUCACUAAUACGAAGACUGCGCAGGAACACUGUGAACUGGGCCCAGCACCUACCGGACUAGGGUGAAGUAGCGCGGGGAUUGAAUGCAGCGCCUCGCCACGUUUCCGCCUGGUCGGUCAGCUGUUUGCCAGCUUUUGGGGGGAGGGGUGUGUG